GGAGGAUCCCAUGGUUUUAGGAGGCAUGGACUUUAGAGGGUGGCUGGAUCCAGGACCUCUGGGUGGUAGGGAUGCCCGUGAAUCAGUCUCAGGGAUGUCUGACAGCAGGAGCCUCGGAGCUCUUGCUGGGAUGUUAAGACCCUUUACUGCGCCGGGAGCGGUCAGUGGGGUACAGAAGGGCUGGGGGUACCCUCAGGAGGUCUCAGGCAGAGGGGGCCAGCUGCUGUGCCCAAGGGUGGCUGUAGGUCCCCUGGGGUGACAGGCCUGGCUGUGUCCUUCCCCAGAACUGUCCUGUACAGACCAUGGACCCUGAGGUGUCCCUGUUGCUGCAGUGCCCUCCCCGGGGACUGCCUAAGGAGCAGGUACGGGCUGAGCUGAGCCCAGCCUACGACCGUCGCCCAUUGCCAGGAGGAGACAAGGCCAUCACUGCCAUCUGGGAGAGCCGGCUUCAGGCCCAGCCCUGGCUCUUUGACGCCCCGAAGUUCCGCCUGCACUCCGCCACACUGGUGCCCACUGGCUCAUCAGGGCCACAGCUGCUCCUGCGCCUGGGCCUUACUUCUUAUCGAGACUUCCUGGGCACCAACUGGGCCAGUUCAGCUGCCUGGCUGCGACAGCAGGGGGCCACCGAUUGGGGAGACAAGCAAGCCUACCUAGCAGACCCCCUAGGGGUAGGCGCCGCACUGGUCACCGCGGACGACUUCCUUGUCUUCCUGCGCCGCUCUGGGCAGGUGGCUGAGGCACCUGGGCUGGUGGAUGUUCCUGGUGGGCACCCUGAGCCUCAGGCGCUGUGCCCAGGUGACAGCCCCCUGCACAAGGACCUCCCUGGGGAGCUGGUGGUGCAUGAGCUCUUUUCCAGUGUCCUCCAGGAGAUCUGUGAUGAGGUGAACCUGCCACUGCUCACCCUGAGCCAGCCACUGUUAUUGGGCAUUGCCAGCAAUGAGACUAGUGCCGGCCGUGCCAGUGCCGAGUUCUACGUCCAGUGCAGCCUGACUUCUGAGCAGGUGAGGAAGCACUACAUGAGUGGGGGACCUGAGGCCCACGAAUCCACAGGAAUCAUCUUUGUAGAGACACAGGUUCGAGAGUGUGCCUAGGUUGCAGGAGAUGGAAAUGUGGACUGAGAUCUGUCCCUCGGCCAAAGGCGCCAUCUUCCUCUACAACCGGGUCCAGGGAGGUUCCACCUGAGUCGCCCUAGAUUCCCCAGCCCUAUCACCACAGCUCGGAAGACAAUAAAGGACUUUAUUCUUGGA